UCCCCAUGGAGGUCAUGGGUUUAGUCAUAGGAAAGAAACAUUCUAAUCUGAGGAGGAUUGAAAAGGAAACUGGGACCAAGAUUGAAGUUGAAAAUAAUAAAAUCUAUGUCAGUGGUGGACCUCAAGAUACUAAAAAUGCAAUAAAGGAAUUGAAGAAUUCUGCGUAUUACGGAAUCUAUAAAAAGAGGAUAAAGAGUCGGUUUUCCUGUGAUACUUAUAACUUUGUUGAUGGAAGUGGCAGGAAAUGUGAAUUCAGACUUGUUCCAGUUGAAUGCCCAAGGCAAGAAUGGCACCAAGACAAAGAGUACUUCAAGAUAGAAAGAGUCGAUGAAGAAGAUCAAAUGCUUGAUACCAGAUCUAGCGAUCGCUUGUGAACUUCGACACACUUUUAAGCAGUAUUUAG